UGACCUCACGUGACAACCUUGUUCUGUUCUCUUUCACUGAGGCCUUUAAAGCCUACUACUUCGCCAGCCACUCCUUCCCAUCCUCCCAUGGAAGAAAGCUUCUUUUGUUUUUUCUGUAUGUUAACCCUGAGUCCUCCUCCAUAGUACUCUCUUCGCAGAAACAUGGCUCUGGAAGCUGUAGUCUUCCUUCAAGACCUCUUUGGUUACACCAUGAGGGAGUUGUUCAGCAGUGGAGAGGAGUUCUGGGGCUAUGACUUCGGUGGUGGAGCAGGGGAAGAAGAUGAUAAGAGUGGGGUUGUGUUCCUUGGAGGCAAUGCAGGUGGUCAAGUUGGCAGGGGACUAGAACAAAAUGCGGCUUUGGGCACCUCUUGCUCCUCGAUGGUGCAAAUUGUUGACAAAUUCUCAUCGCUGGAGACCUACGCCACUGAUGAUGCCAUCAAUGCCAAACUGAGAUCCGGAGUAGGCCGGAGAAAGAGGCAGCGGUGGAGGAGCCAGAAGAACCAGGAGGAGGUGGAAAAUCAAAGGAUGAAUCACAUUGCGGUGGAGCGCAACCGGAGGAAACAGAUGAACGAGUACCUAAGUGUGCUCAGGUCACUCAUGCCGGCCUCCUAUGUGCACAAGAGUGAUCAAGCAUCCAUUAUUGGAGGGGCAAUAAAUUUCGUGAAGGAGCUCGAAAGGCUAGUACAGACUCUGGAAGCUCACAAAAGAAUCAAGCAGCGAGCUGGUUCUGCUCCCUUUGCCGAUCUGUUCACCUUCGCCCAGUGCUCAUCCGACUCUUACCGACGCGCGAAGUUCACCAACGAUGAGAAAACCAGAGAGACUAUAGUGCCUGCGCCAGACAUAGAGGUCUCCAUGGUGGACAGCCAUGCCAACCUCAAGGUCCUCUCACCGCGGCGCCCAAAGCAGCUGUUGAAGUUGGUGGUAGGAUUGCAGAACCUCAAUCUGACCACGCUUCACCUCAAUGUCACCACCAUUGAUGAAAUAAUCUUUUAUUCCUUCAGCCUAAAGGUGGAAAAUGAAUGCCAAUUGACUUCAGUGGACGAGAUUGCAACAGCAGUCCAUGAGCUACUUGGAAAGAUUCAAAGGGAGGAUGCCUUUGACCGUACCAUGUAACUGUGUUUUUAGGGUAAUAUCUUAACUGUAGUAGUUUAGCUCCAAAUGCUUGUUCAGGAUUCCUGUUUUGAACAUUUGGAAUGUGAAAAAGGAACUCUUUUGAUCAA